AUGCGAGACGAACACAUCCUUGUGAUGCAACACCAAUCCCGUCCAUAUCUUGGUCGGUCCAAGCUUCAACCGCUCCAUUUCCGCGGCGAGCUCUUCUUUCUCCCUCUUCUUCUUCCUCUUCUGCGCUCCAGAGAGUUGCUUCCCCAUGAUCAGAGCUCACGUGUUUCUUCUUCGUCUUCUUUUUCCUAUAAAUCUAAAAGCAGCCGUUUUAUCUCUUUUUUUCUGAGGGACUGUCUCGUCUGUCUCGCCCUAAAAAGCCCACAAAUUACACAGACGACGCAAAAGCACACGCUCUUAAAUACACGCACACAGAAAGCGAAAGCGUCAGAGGGUCAGAGAGUCAGAGAGAAUACGCGAUAUACCGAUAACAACGUUUUCUUUUCGGCGGAGAGAAAGAGAAAGAAGUCGUUUUACACCCCGCGAUUGCUCUUUAAAGUUUUAAAAUCAUCGGUAACAUCAUCACCGUGGUCGGCGCGCAACACUUGUUUUGAGGUCUCUUUGACUGCUUUCGAAAAGAAGAUCAUGGCGAAAGGAAAGAAGAAAAACCGCAAAAACGAGUACUCCUCGGACGAGGAGGACGAGGAUCCUCUGAAAGGAGGAGCGGCAAAAGGAGCAGCACCGGCGGGCGGGAAUAACGAUGGCCCCGAUGGAGGUGAAGGAGGAGAGCAACAAGAAAAAUCGAAAACGCAACUCAAGAAGGAAAAGAAGAACAAGAAGAAAGGACAGGCGAACAAACAGAAAAACCAAAGCGAGGACGAUUUGGACGAUCCGUUGGACCCGUUAGCUGCUGCUAAUGCUGGUAAUGGUGGUGCUUUUGUCGCGGAGGAAGAGGAAGAGGAGGAAGAGGCGCGCGCGGCGACGACGACCAAGCCGAAGAAGAAUAAGGGUAAGAACAACACCGCGAUGGGCGGCGGCGGAGGCAUGGCGUCGGCGUUUGCGAUGUUGAUGGACGAAGACGAAGACGACGUCGAGGACGAGGAAGAAGAGAAGAAGAAAGAAGAGGAAGAGGAAAGGAAGGAGACAAAGACGAAGGAUAAGAAGAAAAAGAAGAAGAAGAAAGGUUUUGCCGGAGCGAUUGGGUUUGACGACGAGGACGGGGACGAGGAUAACGACGGCGACGACGGCGUUGUCGUCAUCAAGGAGAAGAAAAAGUCCAAGAAGAAGAUUGUUUCGUCCGAUGCGAAACCGUAUAUUUGCGUGGCCUCCAUCGUGGAGGUUGGCAGACACUCGAUGGCGGAGAAUUUAAAGGUGUGCACGGUGGAUUACGGGAGGAAAAAAGACGCGAGAGUCGUGUGCGGGGCGCCAAAUUUGAAGGCUGGGAUGAAAAUAAUCUUCGCGCCAGCGGGGACGAAAAUUCCGGCGACGGAUUUUGAAGUCGAGAAGCAGCCUCUGAGAGGGGUGAUGAGCGAAGGGAUGAUUUUGAGCGCGACGGAUAUGGGAUGGGAGGUUGAUGAAGACGAGGACAUGGAUGGAGUCAUCGAGUUGAUGGAUGUGAGUUUACAAGUCGGCGACGAAGCGAGCGAUCUGGAGGAUAAGUUUGGCACUUCGUCGACGACGGCUUCUUUCAAGGAAAUGAAGAAAGAAGAAGACAAAGAAGAAGUGGCUUCAUCGCCACCGCCACCAGCACCAGCGCAAGACGAAGACGAGGAUGGUAACAAAACCAAGCCGAAAGAUAACAAGAAAAACAAGAAGAAGGAAAAGAAGAAAGAAGCGGAAGAAGAAGACUUAGAUGCACUCUUCGCGGAAUUGGAUAUCAAACCAUCGGAAGCCCCGGCGGCGGCUGGUGCCGAAGAGGGCGAAUCAAAAGCGGCUAAGAAGCGACGAAAAGCCGCCGAGCGAGCGGCGGCGGAAGCGGCGGCGGCGGCGGCGGCCGGUGGCGAUGGAAACGCCAACGCCGACGAUGCCGGCAAUGCGGAUGGUGAUGACGGAGAAGGGAAAGAACUCACCGAGAAUCAAAAGAAAAAGCUCAAGAAGAAACAAAAAGAGAAAGAGAAGAAAGAAGCGUUGGAGGCAGAAAAGGCGAAGAAAGCUGCCGAAAAGCCAAAAUCAUCCGCCGUGUUGGCGAUGCAACAAUUGAUGGAACAACGCAAAAUCGAAGAAGCGGAGGAAAAAGAACGAUUAAAGCGAGAGAAGCAAGAAGCCGAAGAAGCGGCAGAGCGCGAAGCGCAAGCCGAGCGCGAGGCGGAAGAGAAGCGCGAGCUCAAGAAACAAAAAGAGAAGGAAAAGAAAGAAAGGCUCAAGGCGGAGGGCAAACUACUCAGCGCGAAACAAAAAGAGGAACAGAAGAGAAUGGAAGCGGUGCGUGCGCAGUUACUCGCGAAAUCUGGUGGCGCUAUUCCGCAAGCGGAAAAGAAACUCUCGUACAAAGAAGAGCAAGCGCUGAAGAAGAAGCGAUUCGAAGAGGCAAAAGAAGCUGCCAUCAAGAAGAAAGAGGAGGAAGAGAAACAAAAAGAGCAGGAGUUGUUGGCGGCGAAAGCGGCUGCGGACGCAAAGGCAAAAGCGGAAGAAUCCGACGACGCCGCGGACGAUUGGGAAGCCGAGGAUUGGGACGAUAAAGAUGUUCUGUUGCCUGGACAAAAGGAAGAGCAAGAGCGACUCAAAAAGCUCGAGGAGGAGAAGAUUAGAAAAGAAGAAGCAAAAGUGUUGCAGGCGAAGAAGACGGCGGCGACGAGUAGUAAAGAAAAACCGUGGGCGAAAGCUGCGCGAGAGAAGGCGAAAGCAAAAGCUGCCGCGGCUGAGGCUUCUUCCUCUUCCGAUGUAUCUUCGUCGUCUGAUGACUCAGAUUCUGAUUCCGAUUCCUCUGACUACUCGUCCUCGUAUUAUAGUUCUUCUGAAGAUGAGGAGGAACGCGCUCGAUUGGAUCAUCUCGCGGAGCUUCGCAUCCAACGUCUCGACCGCUUUGAAGCAAAGAAAGCGGCAGCAAAUGCAGAUAAGCUCAGAUGUCCUAUCAUUUGUAUUCUUGGUCACGUUGAUACGGGUAAAACAAAACUUCUUGAUAAUGUGAGACGCACGAACGUCCAAGAUAACGAAGCCGGCGGUAUUACGCAACAAAUCGGCGCGACGUUUGUCCCGAAACAAUCGCUCAUCGAUCGAACGCAUUCGUUGAACAAAGGUGAAUUCGAGCUGAAUGUUCCUGGUUUACUCGUCAUCGAUACCCCAGGUCACGAAUCCUUUACAAACUUGCGAUCGCGAGGGAGUUCUUUGUGCGACUUGGCCGUUCUCGUGGUUGAUAUUAUGCACGGUCUCGAGCCGCAAACGAUUGAAUCUCUUAAUAUGCUCCGCAGUCGCAAAACGCCCUUCGUCAUCGCGCUCAACAAGUGCGACAGAAUGUUCGAUUGGGAAGUGCACACUGACUCUCCGAUGCAAGAAUCUUUGCAAAAACAAAAGAAGUUUGUCUCGAAAGAGUUUGAAACGAGGAGCAGAGAGGUAUUAUUGGCGUUUGCCGAGGAAGGUUUGAACGCCGCUUUAUAUUGGGAGAACCCCGAUCCGCGAACGUUUGUGAAUGUCAUUCCAACUUCUGCUCAUACGGGUGAAGGUAUGCCCGAUCUUUUGCAAACCUUAGUGCAUCUUUCGCAAUCGCGCUUGAACGAACGCAUCCGCUUCAUCGAUUCCGUGCAGUGCACUGUUCUCGAGGUAAAAAUGAUUGAAGGCUUAGGCACGACGAUGGAUAUUAUUUUGAUCAACGGGACAUUGCGAGAAGGUCAAACCAUCGUCAUCGCAGGGCUAGAUGGUCCAAUUGUCACGACUAUUCGCGCUCUACUCACCCCGCAACCGCUGAAGGAAAUCCGCGUGAAAGCGAAUUAUAUCCAUCACAAGGAGAUCCAAGGCGCGCAAGGGAUCAAGAUUGUCGCCAACGGUCUCGAAAAAGCCAUCGCGGGUACGGCUAUGCUCGUAAAAGAAGUAGAAGAAGACGACAUCGAGGAGCUCAAACAAGACGCUUCGAACGAUGUGAACAACAUUAUGGAUACGGUAGAUCGCACAGGACACGGUGUUUGGGUACAAGCAUCAACCUUGGGAAGUUUAGAGGCUCUUUUGGAGUUUUUGAAAUCCCCGGCGGUGAAAAUUCCCGUGGCUGGCGUCGCGCUCGGUCCGGUGAACAAACGCGACGUCAUGGGUGCAAGCGUAAUGCACGAGCGUAAAUGUUCUCAAUACGCCACAAUUUUAGCGUUUGAUGUUCCAGUGACGGACGAAGCCAAGAAGAUGUGCAACGAGCUGAACGUCAAGUUGAUGACGGCGGAUAUCAUCUAUCACUUGUUUGAUCAAUUUUCGGCAUACAUGAAGGAGUAUCGCGAGAAGCAAAAAGAGGAGCAAUCCAAAUUUGUCAACUUCCCGUGUUGCUUGCGCAUCAUCGAAAGCUGCGUGUUCAAUAAAAGAGAUCCGAUUGUCGUCGGUGUCGACGUGAUAAAAGGCAUUUGCCGAGUUGGUACGCAAAUUACUAUUCCUUCUCAAAAUUACAUCGACAUCGGGAAAAUAGAAUCCAUCGAAUUAAACAAGAAGAGCGUCGAUGUCGCCAAGGCGGGACAAUCUGUCGCGAUUAAAAUUCAACCAGGGAGUACGGAGGAAGGCAUGCGGAUGUAUGGACGCCACUUUGAUCACACGGAUGAGCUCGUCGCGAGAAUGACUCGACCAUCUAUUGACGCCAUGAAGGAGUUUUACCGAGACGAAUUACAAAAAGACGAUUGGAGACUUGUCGUCGAGUUGAAGACGAAGCUCGAGAAGUUUACGGGCGAACCGAUAUAA